AUGGCCUCGUCUGGCCAACCAUUCGGGUCGCGCUCCUAUACUGCGGGUAAACUUCCUGACCGAUCAAUGAAUGCGAAUGCGAUCCCUUUCAGCGCCUCGUCCUUCUCUCGUCGUGGACUGGGCGCUGCUCAGAGCGAAUUUGUUCCCGAGGCCGCGAAAACAAGCCAGCAAGCACCACAGCAGCAAGUACAUGCGCAAACACAUAAUCCGUCACAAGAGUCGAAUCCGUUAAGCCGGUUGACGGAAGAACAGCGCGAGGAGAUUAAUGAAGCUUUCACGCUUUUUGAUCUCGAUCGUGACCGGCAUUUAGACUACCAUGAGCUCCGCGUCGCCUUUCGCGCGCUCGGUUUUACACUCCCGAAGCAGGAACUCAUCUCUCUCUUAACGACUUAUGGUGUUCCCCGUCCGCAGGUGCAACAGCAAGCCUCGGCGCAACAGUCCCAACAACAACCGAAAGCAGCACCAACCACAAACCCCCAGCACCCGUCAAACUUGCUCAUGCCACUGUCUGCUUUCCAAGCUGUAACGGCUGUGAAGAUUCUUGAGCGGGACCCCCGGGAUGAGAUUCUCCGGGCGUUCGAGCUCUUCGACGAGGGCGGGAAGGGUUAUAUCGACCUUGAGGACCUCCGUCGUGUAGCACGAGAAUUAGGCGAGACAGGACUGGAAGAGGAGGAGUUGCGCGCCAUGAUUGAGGAGUUUGACCUCGAGGGCGUUGGUGGUGUCACGCGGGAGGCGUUUGUGAGUAUCUGCUGGCAAUAA